AUGCAGAAAACAACAUACUACGACAACUCCUCAACACUUUUUGGUGGCUACUCAUCCUACCCAGUGCAGGGGGCAGCAGUGGGAGCAGGAGCAGCCGCCAACGGCUUUGGGGGCUAUGAUGCCCCGGUCCCAGCGUCUCACCACCAGCCGGUCUUCCAGUCGGCUACCCAUCUGGAUGUGGAUUCAUACCAGCGCUCUGCCUGCUCUUUACAGUCACUGGGCAGUAAUGGUGGCCACCAGCAGCAGCAGCUAGCCAAGACCAAGGAGUUGAAUGGCAGCUGCAUGCGGCCCAGUCUGCCACCUGAGCACCACCCUGGCUCCCAAGUGUCCCCUCCACUUCCCCCCAACCCCAGCAACGGUAAUACUGGGGCUCAGCAGCCAGGUGGCAGUACUGGGUCCUCCUCACUCUCUAAAUCAGGCACCAAUAAGUCAUCUACUUCUUCCUCCUCUACAUCAUCUUCCACAUCGUCUUCAUCCUCUUCACUGCCGCCCAACCCAACCCUGGCCAAGCAGAUUUUUCCCUGGAUGAAAGAGUGUCGUCAGACGACUAAGCAGAAAAACUGUUCACCCAGCAACAACUCUGGCAAUGCAUCAGGAGGAGCUGAGAGUGGCAGCAGCGGGGAGAAGAGUCCAACCGGUGGCUCGUCAGCAUCAUCUAAGAGGGCUCGAACAGCAUAUACCAGUGCCCAGCUUGUUGAGCUGGAGAAGGAGUUCCAUUUCAACCGGUACCUGUGCCGGCCACGACGCGUGGAAAUGGCCAACCUGCUCAACCUGUCAGAACGCCAGAUCAAGAUCUGGUUCCAGAACCGACGCAUGAAGUACAAGAAGGACCAGAAGAACAAGGGCCUGAGUUCCAGCUCUGGAGGGCCCUCACCAACAGGCUCUCCUCCUCUGCCCUUGCAGUCUUCUGCCAGCUUUCUCAAUUCAAUGCACCCAAUGGGAGGGGGAGGUGGAGGAGGCAGCACAGGCUAUGACGCGCCAUCUCCACCAUCCUUUGGCAAGCCCCACCAGGGAGUGUCUUACUCCAUGUCCACUGCCUAUUCAAAUGUCCCCAUGAAGGGCUGCCCCCCCCAGCAGAAGUAUGGCACCCCAGAACAAGACUAUGGUGAUCCCCAUCCCCACCACAGCCUAGUGCAGGCUAAUAGUGCUGGCUAUGGGACACCCACCAAUAUACAGGCCAGUCCAGUCUAUGUGGGGGGUGCUAAUUAUGUGGAACCCAUGCCUGGCUCAGGGCCUUCCAUGUAUGGGCUUAACCACCUCGGCCCCACCCCACCCCACCACCAAACCAUGGACUACAAUGGCGCAGGGCCCAUGUCGGCUGCCAACCAGCACCAUGUGGGUGGAGGGGGCCCCCCGGGUCCCUGUGACCCACCUACACACCCGACAUACACCGAACUGUCGGCACACCACACCUCGACUCAGGGCAGAAUCCAGGAAGCACCCAAGCUCACUCACCUGUAG